AAGAACAUCCUCUUGCCCUGGUGUAAACCUGGGUGAAAGCGGGGGAUAUGUUUUCCUAAAAAUUCUGGAGGUGAUUUUUUUCCAAGCUUGUGCGCGCCUAUCCAAACCGCAACCCGUUUCGGUUUAAGUGUUAUUUGGGCGUUAGUGUAAGUAUGUGUAGAAUUUUGCCUCGUUGGAAAUCAUCACGUACGAGUCAGGGAGACAGAGUGGUAAUCUAGCUGAAAAUGUAAGAGGAUUUUUCUAUCCAACAUCCGCUGAAAAUAGAUUAGGAGGACAGCAAUGGAAGUUAAAUUGUGCUGCAUAUAAAAUGGGCGGGCUUGUCAUUAUGUUACAUUGGCACGGCAUAUUCUAAAAUGAAAUAUUCUGCCUUAGGACGUGGGGAUAUUCUGUUCCGCUUCGUUUUGGGAAGCGCAAUCAGUGCAUUCAGCCAUUCAGCGUUCAUUAGACUAGAUAUGCUAGUUUGGUGAAACAUUUCUGUUGCCGACAGACUGAGAGUUGAACUCACUACACUACCACCAAUGAACAGUGAGAGAGACCUGCGCAUAUCGUCAGCAGCCGCUUCUUCAGCCUCAAGCUAAAAUUCGUCAGAUCUGAGAUCACAGAGGAAAUUUUUCACAUUCCGUCCGACUUGAAAAAAAAAAGAAAUUUGCAAAAAGUUACAGGAUAUAGUCAGUGGACAUCAAAUGCACCCGGGUUCAUCUGCUUGAAAGGUCCUCAUAUUUCAACUAUGUGUGGACAGAGCAGGGUGGCCUCUCUGUGUCUGUGGACUUGUUUACUGGUCACAAGCAGCGUACUGACUGGGAAAAGCUCUGGGCAGAAUGGCAUGACAGACGAGCAGAAAGAUAACACCACAGUGUUCACCAAAAUCUUAGACAGCCUUCUAGAUGGCUAUGACAAUCGCCUCAGGCCAGGACUCGGAGAGCGUGUAACUGAAGUCAAGACUGACAUUUUUGUGACUAGUAUUGGACCAGUUUCGGACCAUGACAUGGAGUACACCAUUGAUGUUUUUUUCAGACAGAGCUGGAAAGAUGAAAGGUUAAAGUUCAAAGGGCCCAUGGCCGUGUUGCGCCUCAACAACCUGAUGGCCAGCAAGAUCUGGACCCCGGAUACUUUCUUCCACAAUGGCAAGAAGUCAGUGGCCCACAACAUGACCAUGCCGAACAAGCUUCUACGAAUUACAGAGGAAGGCACACUGCUUUACACCAUGAGGCUUACAGUGAGAGCAGAAUGCCCUAUGCAUCUGGAAGACUUCCCUAUGGAUGCCCAUGCUUGUCCCCUGAAAUUUGGCAGCUAUGCCUAUACCAGAGCAGAGGUGGUGUAUGUGUGGACCAGAGGGGCUGCUCAGUCUGUAGUGGUGGCAGAGGACGGCUCCAGGUUAAACCAGUAUGAUCUGAUGGGGCAGAGUGUGGAUUCUGGUGUGGUGCAAUCAAGCACAGGAGAGUAUGUUGUGAUGACAACCCACUUCCUCCUGAAGAGGAAAAUUGGUUACUUUGUGAUCCAGACAUAUCUACCCUGCAUCAUGACAGUGAUCCUCUCCCAAGUGUCCUUCUGGCUCAACAGAGAGUCUGUCCCUGCCAGAACUGUCUUUGGAGUGACCACUGUCCUGACCAUGACUACUCUCAGUAUAAGCGCCAGGAACUCUCUCCCUAAAGUGGCCUACGCCACAGCUAUGGACUGGUUCAUCGCCGUCUGCUACGCCUUCGUCUUCUCUGCCCUCAUUGAAUUUGCCACAGUCAACUACUUCACCAAGAGAGGUUAUGCUUGGGAUGGAAAAAGUGUAGUCCCUGAGAAGCAAAAGAAGAAGAAAGAGUCUCUCCUGAAGAAAAACAACACAACGGCCUACCCGCCUACCACUUCUACACCCUUCGCACCCAAUCCUGCCAGGAACCCGGGAUUAGCCACAAUCGCCAAAAGCGCUCCUCCACCCCCAGAUGAGCCCAAAGAGGAGCCGAAGCCCAAACCCCCUGAGGCCAAGAAGACCUUUAACAGUGUGAGCAAGAUAGACCGGAUUGCCAGAAUAGCCUUCCCCCUGCUCUUUGGAACCUUUAACUUGGUCUACUGGGCAACCUACUUGAAUAAGAAGCCCAAAUUGCAGGGGGUCAAUCACACCUAAUUCAUCUUUUUGUCUUUUUGAUUUAUUUUUUUUCUUAAUCCUUUUACAAAAAAGUGGUUAUUUUGAGAUAAACAUUGCGUCCACUCUGGUUUGAAUACCCAGUUGUUGCAUUGCUUCUGUGUUUACCUAAAUUUUGAAGAUUUCAAAAGAAACACAAUAUAUAUAAAAAAAUAAAAAAAAAUACAUAAAUUCAGAGUUUUGAAAGGGUAUCGUUCAGGUCUAAGAGGAUGCUACUACAAAAUGCUACUAAAAAUAUCUAGCCAAGAGAAUGCUAUUCUACCACUUCAUAGCCCAAGUUUUUCCUGAGGCAGUGUUUUCGUUUGUUUUCUUGCUUAACUAUCUCCCUUUUUGUUUCUUUGUUUUCUUUAACCUAUUUUAAAACAUGGAAUUACAGACAGUAAAGAGGCAUCUGUGAAUAUGCAUGGGCAGGAAAUUUUAUGAUUUCUAUUCAUUUAUUCAAAAAUUAGACCCGUGUUGACUGAUGGCUUGGGUUAUUUGAUGUCACCAGUGUAACGCUCAUUCUUUCUCAAAUAUAUCUUCCAUUCUAGGUAGAAUGUUUAUUAGAUUGUGUCAUUCUUGAAAAAAAAUAUUUCAUUGUUUCUGCAAUAGCAAUAAAACAUGUCUCAGUGGACACAGUUUAUUUAGAGGACAAAACAUACAAAGUUUAAAUCAUCUGUGCUCAGAACUGAAGAUAUAUGGAUUUAAUUUCACUGCAUUGUAAAUACUAUCAAGUGUUAGAGAUGUCUUUAUUAUGAUUAAGCUUUGCAAAGUGUAACUAACGGGGUUUUAACUGCAUCAACGGAAAGGUAAACUCUUUCAUUUGGUUCCUCAUUCUGAUUCUUUUUACAAAUGGAGCAUAAACUGAGUUCAUUCAUUUCUGAGUGACUGUUUCUCACCUAAUCUACAUUUCAUGCUAAAUCGGUUUAACUGAAUUUAAACACUAUUCAGCUGGGUGGUUGUGACCACACCAAAAGAAUCAAUAAAAUCCUUUCUAAUGAUGGCAAGUUGUAGGCAACAAUCUAGAACCAUUGCAAAUUCUCGGAAUUAAACAUGGCAUCUAGUUUAUUUCAUAUUUUUGUUUACCUUUUGUUUUAGUUGGAGUCUUUAGGUUGGGGCCUCCUUUGCUAAUACAGCAUUUGUAGAAAAGUUUAGUUAGCAUGUGGUGGGGCACAUUGAGAUGGAGGAGAAGUGCCUUUAUCAUUUCCAGAAUUCAAGCUGUGAUGGAUUUGUAGAUGGGCGGCACAUCUUUAUUUUCCAUCCCACUGAAUCCCCACGCUGACCACGUUUACUACAGUUUCCAGAUUCACUGGAAAGAAAAUUGAGAUAUAAUACUCAGAAAGUACCAGCUACACUGCCUUUCAGUAUCACAUGCCCCGUUUGGAGUCAUUUUGUUGCUGCUUGUUUGGUGAGCAACAGCGAGAGACAGGGACAGAGAACGAAAGAGACAAAAGGGGGAAAAAGACAAUGAAUUGAAGUGGCACUGUAAUCUUAGGUUAGCCGGCGCUGUGUUUCGCAAAGAGGACUUGUCUUGUAGUUUAACAAGAUAGUGCUGAAGAUGAAUAUAUUUUUGUAGCAUGAUGUCAAUCCCUCUUCCAAACAACAUGGAAACAACGUGGAAAGAAUGUUUUCGUUUGGGUUUGAACAUUGCUUGCUUCUUUUUCUUCUUUUAAAUUAAAAACGACAGGCUUUUAGGAAAUGCUUCUCCUCUGACGUGACAUGUAAAGGUUUCUAAACAGUCCAAUUUUUAAUUAUGUUGAUGUAGCAAUAUUAGUAAGGGCUUUUCUUAGGACCUGAACCUGACACUCAGUCUGGGGGUGAUAUCCAUUGUAGCUUUACACUGACCCACCUAUACUUGUAGUUUCAUUUGUGCUGGGCAUGGACAUGUAUUAAAUACUUUUGAUAUGUGGGUAGAAAUACCAGGCUUUAUGUAACCAUCUUGCUUUGUGAAGCCUUUGGCUUCAAUUCUGACCUUCUUUGACAAAAUGUAGAGUACCACAGCGCUGCUUUGUGGAUCCUCAGUGUGCUGUGCUGAAUGUAUUUUACAUGGAAUUGAAUUAAGCCACACACACAUAUAAGAACAGUGGAAGGCUAUUUCUUGCAAAACAUCAAUACCCCUUGAACAUUUUUACAUUUUCUUGUGCUAGGAAACUUUAAGGCAUUCCUCGAGACUUUACAUGAUAGACCAGCACAAUGUAGUGCAUAAUUUUCAAAUAAAAGGAAAGUGACAUGAUUUUAUUUAAAGUCUGACAUGCAUUUGUAUUCAACCUCCCCAAAAUUAAUAUUUUGUAAAAUGUUUUAGGGUAUGUCUCUACUAGAUCUGCAUAUAGAGACAAUUUCUUUUCAACUCCUUUUUGCAAAAUAGUUAAAGAUUAAUCAGAAUGGAUUAUGAGUGUCUAUGAAAAGCAAUUUGCAGUCUUGCCACAGAUACUUGGAGCAUCCAGCCAACUCUGGAGUACUUUUGCAUUCAAUUAGCUUUUCUUCCUCUACUAUUGCAAUUUAUUUUUUCAACUACUCUGACCAUCUUCCCACAUUUUUCAGGAGAAAUAGAUCCUCACAUCACAAUGUGAGGAUGUAAAGAAGUUACUGCCAUAACCAUGUUUCACCGUGGUUAUGGCAUAGAUUUUACUCCAACCUUUUCCCGGACCCACCUGUUGUGUUCCUUGUGUUCACUAAUAUUCUGAGGCCAAACCUCCAAGGCCUUCACAAACAGCUUGGUUUGUAAUGACAUUAAAAUACACAGGUGAAGUCUGUUUGCCAAUUAGACGGCUCCUAAAAUAAAUUGGCUGCACUGGAUUGUGUUUAGGGUAAUCAGAGUAAAGGGAGUUGAAUGCUUUUGCAUAACACAAAAUAUUUCUUGGUAACAAAUAACUGUUAUAUUCUGCUUCAAAAAUGUGACACUUGUGUUCAUCUAUCACAUGAAGUCUUAUUGAAAUACAUUAAAGUGCGUGGUUGCUAUGUGACAAACUGUGGAAAGGUUUAAGGUGUAUGAACACUUUGCAGGGGAUUACAUUUUUGUGUUGUGCUGUUAAAAGAUCACAUUGCUGCCAGAAGGAAUCCGAAGAAGAGAUUAGUGCUUUCUCUAUUAUAUUUGCAUCACGGUUAUGAUCACUACUAAAUUUAUCCCUGAAUGAAACACUUUAGCAAGCAUAUGCAGGCAGUCCACUGUUCACGGCCACUUUACCUACAUGCAGAGGGUCAAGGGAUGUAAGGUUCAGGAUACAGAGUUGUACAAAGAUUUUAGAAUUCUAAAAAAAUGUAUUUAUGUUUAUUAUCAUGAAGAAAUAUAUAUAUAUACAUAGAUAUACAUAUGUAAAAUACAUAAACAUACAGCAUUUGAUUAUAUUAUUGAAGAUAUUAGAAGAGAAGUUGAUGAAUAUUGUUUGUAUUAUCAAUUUAUUGUUAUGCAUUUUGCACAUUUAAAAAGAACAAUAACAUUACAUUUAUGUAGUUGGCUUCGUGCUAUGCAAGGACAACUUUGAACUGCUUCAUUGACCUUCUUCUCCAUAACCAUUAAGCUUUAGAUUUACAAAUUAUAAUGAAAAGAAAAUAGCUUAGCUUUUAUACCAGCUAUUAGCUUGUUUUUUUUUCCUUCCAACAAUGGCCAUACAGGGUGACAUUGAAGAACACAGUGGAUUAUCUCUUUUGUUUGUGCUUCAGAUUUGUCUUUGGUUGAGAGCAACAUGGCUUUUAUGGCCAAUUGCACUUUUUCUCCAGAGUUGUGCAAUAAAAGGAUUGAGCCGAUAAAGUCAGGAGCAAAACUGUAACAAGAUUUCUUUGUCUAAAAAUUUGUCUUCAAGUUCUAGAAUGAUUUCUUUUUUGUACAAAAAUGAAGGGAGGCAAACAUGUUUUCUUUUCCUUUUUUGUUUAAUAAAACAGUUCCUAUGUUAUUUACUUAAUUUCCUAAAUCAAAAAUACUUUUAAAUCCAACAUAGUUUUUGACCUUAAAUGUUAAAAUGAGAGAAUAAAUGUGAAUUUUCUACAGCUUGAACGUUUUCCACCAGAAGCAUAGUAUUCAAAGAGGGGAAAAAACAAAGAUUAAAUACCAUGUCUGAGUAUAUAUUAUUGUCUUUUUUUGCCAGGUCUGGUUUUGUUACAUUUCAGAAUGUGAAACAUAAGACACAGUACAGUCAUGAGCUUCCUAUUACCUUCACUCAUUUCAUUAUGUAAAUAUCACAUAUUUACAGGUCCAUGGCGGUUUUCAUCAUUACAAACAUGCUUUCCAACAAUGAGUCUUUUGGUUAUUCCUAGAUUCCUACUGGAAUAUUUUUUUUCUUGUAUUUUUAUCAAACAUAAUAUAUUCUAAUUUUCACUGAAAAGAACUUCAAAUGUAGUAAUUUUCUAAAGCACAAAAGGUCGAUUAGGGUGAAUGAAAACAGAACAAGAUUGAAUCUGUAUGGACAUUAUAAACACAAAAUGCACACAAGCUCACACAUCCACAUGCAGUACAUAUGCUGGUAGUUCAGUGAUACUGAUAGAGGGUUGUGAUUGAUGUAGAUGAUUUGGUAACCUUCUGUAAAUGUUCUCUUUUUGUUUCUUUUGGUUAUGAUAUGGCCCUGUAAAUCCUGAUUCUCUGCAUUAGUCUUUAAAUAAAAAGAAAACAAAUGA